AUGCCGACGCCAUCGAUGGCCACCAAGGCCGACAAGUUUCAGAACCUGCAGCUGCGCAGCUUGCUUGACGACCCCGAGUCCAAGCCGCACGACGCCUGGGCUCAGAUGCUGGACAGCGGGCUUUGCCAAGGCUUCGCCGACGUGCGGAUCCAGAUGUCCCUGCCAUCGAGCGCAGAAGCUGAGGAGCUUCUGCUGCAUGGCGUCGAGCGCCUGGCAGAAGCGUUGCCAGCCAGCAAGAGUGGCACCGCCUAUGCGGCCUUCUACAAGAGCUUCGGCUGGGAAAGCCCCGCCGAGUACUUCACAGCAAUGGGUGAGCAGCAGGUGAUGCUGGUAGACGUUGACCACAACGACUCUGAUGACCGGCUGGCCAUUGUGCUGCUUGCGUGCCAGGUGGCCAGUGCCAACGCAGAGAGACGGCUCUCCACGCCGGAUGCUGCUUGCAAAGUCUACUUGGACUGCAGGACAUACGAGCAUUCCGGCCUGACGCUCUGGCGCACUGUGCAGCUUGCAGCCCGAAUCUCGGCCAUGACGGCUCCGCAUGGUGUGGAAGUCACGCCCGUCAUUAGCAACCCCAGCGCGGGGUUGGAGCUGAUCGCGGCAUACCUGAAGGUCGGGAGCUACUUCGAUGCGCUGAAUUCCACGGCCGCGGGCGCUGGUGAAGCGCUCCGCUGCGCCGCACAGGAUCUCCGGGGCCUGAGCACGGCAGCCGGUCGCCCGGUGAGCGUUUGGAUCCUGAGCGGCCUGUGCAGUGCACAAGUUGAUGAUUUCGACUAUGCCCAGAAGAAGCUUGGGAUCCUUUUCACCUUCAUCGAGCAGGCGCAGCCUGCCUGGCAGAGUGCCAAGCUGCCAGACGAAGCAGCGUCGGAGAUCCAACCACCCUCGGACUUUCCACCGGCCGCAGGUGAUGAGUCCGGGUUCGGCGUGGAGCCCUCCAACAUCCGCUCCAGCGAGGCAUCCUACAGGGAGACGCUCCUGAACUACUUGCGCUUUCAGCGGACGAUUUCGGGAAAUGGUGUGCCUGUGCAGUACGUAUGUCCAGCUUUGGCUCGCAAUGACGGCUUCAUGCCUGCUCCACCCGGCGGCACCAUGAUCAAGGUAGCAGGAAGGCCCUUCAAUGUCAUACCAGGGAAGAGCUAUAUGAUCAAGAAGGCCCGCGACCCAAACCGGGCUCAACAUGCCUUCAUGAACCUGCUCUCCACUUCCAAGGCCGCUCGGCUUGCCUCGUCCGGUUCACUUUUGCAGACCAUGUCGGCGAACAACCGCUUCAUGCUAGAAAAAACGCGGUGA